AUGAGCAUAGAGAUUCAUCCAUUAACAGCUAAUCCUACAGCAGCUUGGCGUGAACUAUCACAACAGCAAAAAGUUAUUAAAAUAAAUGCCAAACUCCCAACGACCGAAGCACCAAAUGAUAAGCUUCGGAUUGUUUGUAUGAGUGAUACUCAUUCAUUAACUCCAUUUAUCAAAUUUGAUAUACCUAUGGGAGAUGUCUUUAUUCAUGCUGGAGAUUUUACAAAAUGCGGUAGCUUACAAGAAGUUAUAGAAUUUAAUAAUUGGAUUGGUACUUUGCCACAUAAGAACAAAAUUGUUAUUGCCGGCAAUCAUGAACUUAGCUUUGAUCCUACAUUUACUAAUCCUUUUUCAUUACAUACCAGUGGGGAUCGUCAAAAACACACAGGGACCAGCAUUCUUGACAAUAUACCCACAUUGGGAAUGUCUAAAGAUACUCUUGCAGAAGCAAUACAGACCACUAAUGUUAAAGAUUAUUUGACAAAUUGUACCUAUUUAGAGGAUUCUGAAAUUAUAAUAAAUGGAAUAAAGAUAUAUGGUACACCAUGGCAACCAGAAUUUUGUAAAUGGGCGUUUAAUGUACCUCGCGGAGAAGCAUGCCUUUCAAAAUGGGAGAUGAUACCAUCAGAUACAGAUAUCCUUAUAACACACACACCUCCUGUAGGACAUGGAGACCUGUGUUGCAGUGGUGUACGAGCUGGAUGUGUAGAGUUACUUUCUACUGUUCAAAAUCGAGUGAAGCCAAAAUAUCAUGUUUUUGGUCAUAUACACGAGGGAUAUGGUAUCUCGUCUGAUGGGAAAAUAAUAUACAUAAAUGCAUCGACAUGUGAUUUAAAUUAUUUGCCAAGUAAUCCACCUGUAGUCUUUGAUAUAACAUUACCACCUGAUCAUUGUAAAUUAUAAAAAAACGUACAAGUUUAUUCAAACGAGAGAAGAUUAUAAUGCAAAGAUAAAAAAAAUGAUUUUCAGAUAAUAUCGAUUUACGAUAAAGUGUUAGAAAAGCGUCGAAAUUAAAUUUUUGUCAUAUCUCUUUUCUGUUUUACAAAUGUAGAAAUGUUAUAGUCAUUGUAGUAUUAUUAUUUAUACAAAAUAGCAUGUAAAUAGAAAGUUUUUGUACCUAAAUACAAUUUCUGUUCAUAUCAUCUCAAAAAUUAUUUCACAAGUGUGUUUAAACAAAUUAUAGGAAUCCCGUGUACCGUGUACUUCAUAAUAUCGUAUAAUAGUUACACAGUUCUAGUCUUAUUCAAAUGCUGCACAUAAUACUAUAAAUUAAAUUGUAGAUUAAGAUACACAUUUGAAUUAUGUUAAAUAAUGUGUAUAAGGUCUUAAUUCUAUUGUACCAAAAUUCUAUUUCCAUCGCAGUCAAGAAACAUGGAAUUUGAAGUAUUUAGAUAAUUUUUUUACAACGGACCUGUUUAUACUUUUUUUUUUUAAUUACAAUAAACAUUAGUUGUUAGUCAUACAGUU